CGUGUCAGCUGGUUAUUCCUCUGAAUGUCCAGCGGUUUGGCUGUGGUUUGUCUGCUCUCUGGAUCUUGAAGGAGAGCAGAGGCCAUGGAGCACAGUCACAUCUUCACCGUGCUGUCCACCAACUCCAGUUCGUGGAGUCGCGGUUGCCCUCUCGGACAGUUUCCCAUCAUCUACUACAGUUCCUUGCUGUGCCUCGGCCUGCCUGCAAACAUCCUCACUGUGAUCAUCCUUUCUCAGCUGGUGCUGCGCCGACAGAAAUCCUCCUAUAACUACCUACUGGCCCUGGCUGUAGCCGACAUCCUUGUCCUGUUGUUGAUCGUGUUCGUGGACUUCUUGUUGGAGGACUUUAUUCUCGGAGUGCCUCUGCCCCACUCGCUCAACAAAGCGGUGCAGGUGCUGGAGUUCUCCUCCAUCCACACCUCCAUCUGGAUCACGGUUCCCCUGACUGUGGACCGUUACAUCGCUGUGUGCCAUCCGCUGCGCUACCACACCGUCUCCUACCCGGCCCGAACUCGCAAAGUGAUCUUGGCGGUGUACGUUGGCUGCCUGAUCACCAGCAUCCCGUAUUACUGGUGGCCGGAGCUGUGGCACGGCCUGCCGGGAACAAGUGCCAGUGGCCGCAGCAGCAGUGCAGGCCAGCAUGUGUUGGUUUGGGUCCACUGUGCAACGGUUUACCUGCUCCCCUGCUCCGUGUUCUUCUCACUCAAUGCCAUCAUUGUACGCAAACUCCGUUGCCGCCGUAGCUGCUUCCGUCUGCGUGGCUACUCCACCGGAAAAACCACGGCCAUCCUGCUGGCCAUCACCUCAGUGUUCGCUGUGCUUUGGGCACCACGCACCCUAAUGAUCCUUUACCACCUUUACACAGCCCAACCGGCAAUGCCUGGACCAGCAAGGCUGCUGCAUUUGGUCACAGAUGUGGCGAACAUGCUCGCGCUGCUCAACACAGGUGUCAACUUCUUCCUGUACUGCUUCAUCAGUAAGCGUUUCCGCAGGAUGGCUGGCAUGGUGCUAAAGGCCCUUUUCCGAUGCAGGAAGCAGCCACCACCAUUUUACACCAGUCACAAUUUCUCCAUCACCAGCAGCCCUUGGAUCUCACCAGCCAACUCACACUGCAUCAAGAUGUUGGUGUACCAGUACGACAAGAACGGCAAACCAGUUUGCAUAUCCUCCUGAACGCCAGCAUGAGUGAUGCCAUACCAAUAUAAUGCUGGCUACUAAGUCAGACGAGCUUGGGAAAAGUCCUUCCCGACUGAGCUGAGCUGAAGGCAGUGAUCGGUUUGUUGGAAAGUGCCUCAACGAGAGAUCCAGUGUCAGGUUCAGAGACAUCUUAAGGCAAAAAUAUUGUUAUUUUUCUAGCAAAAAAAGAGGAGAGGUCAUUAAGCUAUAACAUGCUAAUGCCUUUCAGGAUUUUCAUGCAAAAAAAGACUCAUCUCAAAGUCAAGAGAAAUGAUGAAAGGCUCACAUUCCAGGAAAUGACUGUCCAAUUAGACAAAUAUACAUCUCGAUGUGUUUAAAGAGUUUGUAUCUAGUAGG